CCGUCCACCUCAGCGGAUCCCCUUCCACCCUCUAGCCCCUAAGCCUCCAAUCGGUUCCAACAGAGGACCCGCCAGUUGCGCUUGCGCGGGGGUCGCACGCAAUCACGCGCGCCGUCCGCUUCCGGUGCGCCGCGCGGGCCGCCGGGACGGGUCUCCCUGGCGAUCCGUGGUGUGCUGUCGCCGCUGCCAGCAGCGCGCCGGUGCCGCGUAGAAGCUCGCGUCCUUGCUGUCUUCCUCGGGCUUCCCGGGGCCUGACCCCCCCCGGGGCCCUCGGCAGGCGUCGGCCGAGCCUGUGCGUGAACCUGCGGAUCUCCGCUCGCCCUUCAUACCCUGCAGCGCAACUCGGAGGGAGAGCGAGAGGGGCUUUGGUGACUCCGCGCCGUGUGUCGCCGGGCGGGGCCGCGGGGCCGCGGGGCCGGGGUUCCUCCAGCCCCCGGGAUGCGUGCGCGAGCUCUCGCCUCCACUUUCUUUUUACCGCUGUCACGACUGGAGCCGCCUCUCGCCUACAGCGGGGAGCGCGAGUGCACCGACCGGCACCCCUGUCCAGCCCCGUGGCCGGGUACCCUCGGGAAUGUGAGCCGCCAGGCUCACAAACUCCUCCGGCCAUGGAUGCGCCGUAUGAUGGUGCUGAGGUAACUGUUGUGAUGGAAGAAAUCGAGGAAGCUUAUUACACUUCUCCUGGGCCACCUAAGAAGAAGAAAAAGUAUAAAAUACAAGGAGAAAAGGCCAAGAAACCCAGGUCUGCCUACCUUCUAUAUUACUAUGACAUCUACUUGAAAGUACAGCAGGAGCUCCCCCACCUACCACAGUCCGAGAUCAAUAAGAAGAUAAGUGAGAGCUGGAGGCUCCUCAGUGUGGCUGAGAGAAGUUACUACUUGGAGAAAGCCAAACUAGAGAAAGAAGGUUUGGAUCCUAACUCUAAGCUCUCUGCACUGACUGCUGUGGUUCCGGACAUCCCAGGUUUCCGUAAGAUCCUUCCCCGAUCGGAUUACAUCAUCAUUCCCAAGAGCACCCUGCAGGAAGACAGGAGCUGCCCUCAGCUAGAGCUGUGUGUGGCUCAGAACCAGAUGUCCCCUAAAGGAUCUGCUCUCGUGUCUCAUGCUUCCCCGGAUAUAGUAACCAGCCAUGCAGGCAUGGCCGAGCAGUGCCUCGCUGUGGAGGCCCUGGCUGAGGAGGUGGGAGCCCUCUCCCAGCCAGGUGCUGUGCAGGAGAUUGCCACCUCAGAGAUCCUCAGCCAGGAUAUGCUCCUGGAGGAGGCGUCCUUGGAAGUAGGAGAGAGCCACCAACCUUACCAGACAAGCCUAGUAAUUGAAGAGACCUUAGUAAAUGGCUCACCAGAUGUCCCCACUGGAAGCCUGACUGUGCCACACUCCCAGGUUGGAGAGAGCUUGUCAGUGGUAACAGUCAUGAGGGAUCCCAGUGAGAAUAGCUCCUCUGCUCCAACCGCUCAGUUCAUCAUGCUGCCUCUGCCUGCUUACUCGGUUGUGGAGAACCCUUCCUCCAUCAAGCUGACUACUACAUAUACCCGCCGGGGCCAUGGGGCGUGCACGAGCCCAGGUUGUUCCUUUACUUAUGUCACUAGGCACAAGCCACCUAAGUGCCCAACUUGUGGUAACUUCCUGGGAGGGAAGUGGAUACCAAAGGAAAAGGCAGGCAAAGUCAAAGUGGAACUGGCUCCCGGUGCCUCCUCCAAAGGCUCAGUGAUCAAACGAGGUCAGCAGCCUGUCACCACUGAGCAAAAGCCCUCUCCGGAAAAUGCCUCAAAACUGACUCUGGAGAACUCAGAGGCUGUAAGCCAGCUCUUAACUGUAGCUCCUCCAAGAGAAGUAGGCGAGGAGAAUGAGUGGGAGGAAGUGAUUAUCUCCGAUGAUCAUCUUUUCGUCAAGGAAGUUCCCAGGAAUCAUGAUACAGCGGUAACUAAGACAUCAGUUGUCAAGAGUGGUAUGCAGGCUGAUGUCACGCUGGGGACAACUGAGAAUGACAGUCUUGGACCAGACAUACCACCAUCAGCAGAGGGGACCAGCACCUCCACUUUACUUCCAGCUCAGAAAAAGUCUCCAGGAGUUGACCUGUUUACCACUGUACCCAAAGGCAGACCACGGGGCAAACCCUCAUUACUGGCUGCAGCAAGACCUAUGAGAGCAAUACUGCCAGCCCCGGCGGCAAGUGUCGGACGGGGAAGCAGCAUGGAACUGCCCAGGGCCAGACAGGCUUUCCCCUUGGAUAAGACACCCUCUGUGAGAACUUGUGGCCUGAAGCCAAGCACACUGAAACAGCUGGGCCAACCCAUCCAGCAGCCAUCCAGCACUGGUGAAGUAAAGCUAUCAAAUUGCUCAAGUAGCAGGACACCUCAGGUCAAAGUUGUGGAGGUCAAGCCAGAUGUGUUUCCUCCAUACAAAUACAGCUGCACUGUCACAUUGGAUUUGGGCCUGGCUACAUCAAGAGGACGGGGAAAGUGCAAAAAUCCUUCUUGUAGCUAUGUCUACACCAACCGGCAUAAACCUCGGAUUUGUCCUAGCUGUGGUUUUAACCUUGCUAAAGACAGGACUGAGAAAACCACGAAGCCGGAGGCGAGCUCACCACACCCAGAUGUGCCAAGUACCACAGAAGCCCUGAACACAGCCCAAAGGGAGAUCCAGCGUCAGUCCACGCUGCAGCUGCUGCGAAAAGUCCUGCAGAUUCCUGAGAACGAGUCGGAGCUGGCUGAGGUCUUCGCCUUGAUUCAUGAACUAAACAGCUCUCGACUUAUCCUGUCCAACGUGAGUGAGGAGACAGUCACCAUCGAGCAGACCUCUUGGUCGAAUUAUUAUGAGUCUCCAUCCACGCAGUGCCUUCUCUGUAGCAGCCCAUUAUUCAAGGGGGGACAAAACUCUCUGGCUGGGCCUCAGGAAUGCUGGCUCCUGACAGCUAACCGGCUGCAGGUGGUGACUGCUCAGGUGAAGAUGUGUCUGAACCCUCAUUGUUUGGCCCUGCACAGCUUCAUGGACAUCUACACAGGUCUUUUUAAUGUGGGGAAUAAGUUGCUAGUAAGCCUGGAUUUACUUUUUGCAAUUCGGAACCAGAUUAAGUUGGGAGAAGACCCCAGAAUGUCUGUCAGUGUUGUGCUGAAGUCUGUGCAGGAGCAGACAGAGAAGACACUGACCUCAGAGGAGCUGAGCCAGCUGCAGGAGCUGUUGUGCAAUGGCUAUUGGGCUUUUGAGUGUCUCACUGUUCGUGACUACAAUGAUAUGAUCUGUGGGAUCUGUGGUGUGGCCCCCAAAGUGGAAAUGGCUCACAGGAAUGAAGAGAAUGUGCUGGCACUGAAGAGUGUGGAGUUUACCUGGCCAGAAUUCUUGGGCUCCAGUGAAGUAAACGUGGAGGACUUUUGGACUACCAUGGAGACAGAGGUGAUUGAGCAGGUUGCCUUCCCCACAAGCAUCCCCAUCACGAAAUUCGACGCCUCUGUUAUCGCUCCCUUUUUCCCACCACUCAUGAGAGGAACUGUGGUCGUCAACACUGAAAAAGACAAAAAUCUGGAUGUGCAGCCAGUACCUGGUAAUGGCAGUGCCUUGGUGAGAUUGCUGCAGGAGGGCACCUGCAAGCUCGAGGAACUCAGCUCCUAUGGUGGGGAGGAACUGCAGCACCUCCUGGAGCAGUGUGGCAUCCCAUUUGGCCCGGAAGACUCCAGGGAUCAGCUCUGCUUCUCCUUAUUGGCCCUCUACGAAUCUGUACAGAAUGGAGCCAGAGCUAGACCGCCCCCCACUCACUUCACAGGGGGUAAAAUCUACAAAGUGUGCCCCCAUCAGGUGGUCUGCGGUUCCAAGUAUCUUGUUCGAGGUGAAAGUGCUCGUGACCAUGUGGAUCUGCUUGCCUCUUCCCGCCACUGGCCACCUGUCUAUGUGGUAGAUAUGGCCACACCAGUGGCCCUAUGUGCUGACCUCUGCUACCCAGAGCUGACUAGUCAGAUGUGGGGGAAGAACCAGGGCUGUUUCUCCAGCCCUACAGAGCCGGCUGUGAGUGUGUCCUGCCCUGAACUGGACCAGCAUUAUUCUGUGGAUGUGCCAGAGGCUGAAAACUCUGUCCAGCAUCCAGUCACCAAGACUGCCACACGGCGUAUUGUCCAUGCAAACACGAAGCCCGAUCCCAGUGAUCCUAGUGCUGGCCACCAUUCCUUAUCACUGUGCCCUGAGUUGGCACCCUAUGCCUCCAUCAUGGACUGCAAACUCAACAGUGUCCGCCAGCGGCCCAUUGCCUUUGAUAAUGCCACCCACUAUUACCUCUACAACCGCCUCAUGGACUUCCUCACCAGCCGAGAAAUUGUCAACCGGCAGAUCCAUGACGUUGUGCAGAGCUGCCAGCCUGGCGAGGUGGUCAUUCGUGAUAACCUCUAUCGCCUUGGGGUUGCUCAGAUCAAGACAGAGGCACAGGAGGAUGGGGAGGAAGAGGAGGGAGCCUCGGGGGCACAAUAAGCCAGGUUGUCAUGUACUGGGCCUAUACCAUCUCUCUCAAGCCAUAAUAUGCCCUUGCCCAAGGCAGACCUAUCAAGGGGACCUACAGUCCCCUGUAGGGAGGGCCUCUGACUGCUGGAACUGACCAAAGAGCUUCCAUUUCAUGAGCACAGUAGGGCCUUCAACCUCUGGGGCUCAGGAGAGGUGCUGGGAAACCUCUACUGGACCUGAGAGAGCAUGUUAGGGGCAUGAUAUUUUAGGAGAAUGGCUGGGAGCUGGUUGUCCAGGCCCUCCACCACCUGUGGUCCCUGUACCAGGUGGGGAGGCCAUUGAACUAGGCUGUCCCAUGGGGAAGAGCUCUGGCUCCAGUCAUACGGGUUUCCUAGCCUGUUGCCUUUGACUAGGAGCCUUAAUGGCUUCUUCAUUCUUGGGGUCCCUUUGGGCUCUUCGUCCUAAAGGAGGGGUGCAUUCUCUUUUCCUCUAACUCUCCUUGUUCCCACUACUUGGGAUGGCUGAGGAGCGAGGAACAGUCAGUUAUAGCUCCCUCCAGGACUGUCCUCUGCCCUGGGUUUUGGGGAAGAGAAUCCUUCCUCCUUUCUCUGGCCACUGCUACUGUACCCUACAUCCUCCGGGCCCUUGGACCCUCACCGCAGAGGGGAUGUGGCCCAUUGUUGUGACAUAGCUGGCAAGCAGUAGGAAAACUCCCUUCUGUGAAGGGGAAGCAGAUAGGGCCAUAAGCAAACAGCAGCACUGGCUCAGGUGCCCGUGGUUUGCUCGGGGCCCAGGGAUUGGCCGAGUGCUCUUUAAUUUAUUGAGAGGGUGGGAUAGGUGGCUUUCCCUCUCGCUCUUCCCCAACAAGAAUAAAGUUUAUUAAAUUAUCUGAUUUUGAAGAA